CCUCUUUCCCUUCUCUUUCUCUUUCUCUUUCACACAAUCUUUAUAAACAAAACAAGCUCCCUUUUAAGCCCUUUCUUUUUUUUUCCAUGGCUCACAAAAUCCACCACUUCUUUUUAAUCUUAGCUUCGUACUCUCUCUGCUCACUGUCGAUUCUCCGUUUCGCCGUCGCAAAUUCCUUUAUUUAGAUUAAACUAGAACAUAUUGACAUUAUGGAAGAAACUGUUGAUGAAGCUAUUGGUGAUGAGGUGAAUGGACUGGAUGCCUUUGAUGGUAGACAACUUCGAAGUAAGGAGAGUGACUAUACUUUGAGGUCCGGAAACUCCAAUAUGCUGCAAUCACAUGAAGUGGUCACACUUAGUGAAGGUGAUCAUUACCAAAAUACUGCCAAUUUGUUUACAGAUAUCCUCGAUGGUAAGAAUCUGGACAGAAUUGGAUCUUCAGAACAUGCAAGUGCUAGCCCUCGUUGUAUGAAUGAUGCUGGGGUCAUGGUUGAAGAAUUGACUCUGAGAAACUACAAUGGGAAAAACUUGGCUGUUGUUGAUACCUUGGGCAAUAAAGAAAUAAUGCAGGUUAGGCCAAACCAGUGGUUUUAUAAGCUAGCAGGUGGAUCUGCAUGCGGAAGCUCACAUGGGGAAGAGGGAGACACAUUAUUUACCGGACUUCUGAAUCAGAAUCAGAAAAAAUUGAAUGAAAUUCGUAAUCUAGACGGAGAAAAUUUGCAGAAUAAUGGUGAUAAAGCUGUUUCGAACAAUUUAUUACCCUCUUCUGAGGGUAUCCGGACGAAGAUUUUUUCUAAGUCGGGUUUUUCUGAGUAUAUUGUGAAAAGCACAUUAAAAGGCAAAGGAAUCAUAUGCAAAAAGCAGUUACCCCGAGUAUCUGCUAGUGAGUCUCAAGGCCAGAUUUAUCCGCAGUGUCCUAAUGCUUCUUCCACCAUUGCAAGUGUGGAUGCAUUUGUUUCACCUUGUCAGGGUAUCUCUGAAAUGGGCUGCAGUGUUAAUCCCAAUGUCUAUCAAGAUGGGAUAGGUUUAAGAGAACGGCUGAAAGCUGGGGGAAAUAAAUUGAACAAAGCUGAAGGCUUGUAUAUUUUCAAACAAGUUCUGGAUUUGGUGGAUUUUGCUCACUCUCAAGGAAUUAUCUUACAAGACUUGCGUCCAUCUUCCUUUAAAUUGUUGCACUCAAACCAAGUUGUAUAUAUUGGAGCAUCUGUACGCACUCAGUUCACUGAAAAUGUGAUUGAUCGAGGUGUUCCUCAGGUGGAGCAUAAUCAGAAAGAGAGGAGUUCAUCUGGAAAAAGCAUUUCUUCCUUGAUCGAUCCCUGUGUAAAGAAGCAAAAACUUAGUGAAGACACCCACGUGAAUAGGAAGUGGCCUCAAUACCCCUUCAUUACAGGCCAUAAAUCUGCUUGCACAAACACUAAAUUAAAUGCUGCACAAGGCUAUGGAGAUGAGUCAAAUGAAGAGGAUUGCCUCAAGACAGAACUUAACAACUCGAACAAGUUUAGAUUGCCUCAACUAUCCAUUAUGCCAAAACCAUUGCUGACUUCCAUGAGCUUUAAUUUGGAGAAGAAGUGGUAUACCAGUCCUGAGCAGUUCAGUGAGGGUGGCUGCACAUUUUCA